GCGAGUUUUUAGUAACGCGAAACAUUUGCUGUCGUACACAACUGCCAACCGAGUGAUUAGGCAAAGUAGAGAGAUUAUUGCAAAAUUGCAUAAAUAAAUAACGAAAGAUUUCAUAAAUUCAUUGUGAACGUGUAAAAUUUGUGUUUCCCGAAAAAAUCGGUAUUCGUCAAAAUGAAAUUGUUUACUAAAUUGGUAAUCGCUCUCACAAUCGUUUGCGCACGCGCCGACGUCUCGCAUAUUCUGCACCAAAGUGGCCACGAAACCACACCACAGCCGGGGCCACCAAACCCCUAUGUCUUCAGCUAUCAAGCCGGACGUGCGCCUGGCCACGUCGAUCGUCAACACACUGAAGUCUCCGACGGUUCGGGUGUUGUGCGUGGCGCCUUCUCCUAUGUGGAUCCCAAGAAUCAAUUGCGUACCGUGCAAUAUGUUGCCGAUGAGCAUGGCUUUCAUCCGCAAUUGAGUCACGAACAGGAGGAUACGGAGGCCGUGAAGGCGGCUAAGCGCAAACAUUUGGCUUUGUAUAAUCGUAUUGCGCAAGAACAUGCCGCUGGUGGUGCGCCUGGUGGGCUACAGAGCGCCUACGCCGCUGGUCCACGCAAUACAGAAGCUGUCGCUUACGCCACACACAAACAUCUGAGCGAAUACGAACGCAUUGCCGCCGAACAUGCGCGCAUGCGUGCCGAAUUGGAAGCACAGCGUUUGAAUAAUCCACAGGAAGAUGGUCAAUAUCAUGGCGAGGAGGAACAGCAAUAUCUACAACAACAUUACUAAUUUAUUUCAAAUGCUUAUAUGCAGUAAAUCUACACUUAUAUACACAUUUACUUAGUAUUGUAUAUAGUGUAUGUGCAGGAGUAUGUAUUUCUACCCACAUAAAUGUAUGUAUGUACAGUCCUCCCACUACUUCGUAGUUAAUUUUCAUAGCAACUUUUGUUUUGUGUAAUUUUAAUUUAACAGUAAUUACUAAAAUGUAUAUAUUUAAAUAUAUAUAUAUAUGUUUUUGUAUGUAGUAUAUGCGUAUGAAGUUUAGCUGCAAAAUUCAUUUUGCUUGCCAAUAAAAAAAAAACAAAAUUGUUUAUAUUUUACCGCA